AUGAGAGCCUCUCCCGCAAGUUUUGAGAAGUUUCAAGAAUGUGUUGAAAAUGAGAAAAUUAAAGCCAAAUGUUUGUUGUCCCUUGAUGUGCCAACAAUGUGGAAUUCGACUUAUCUCAAGUUAAAUUGUGCUUUGAAAUUUGUGAGAGCAUUUGAUAGGUCGAAAGAGGAGGAUGGGCGUCACAAACUUCAUUUUUGUGAAGCAGAUAGAAAUGGAAAAAAGCCCAUUGGUCCUCCUAACUAUCUUGAUUGGGAAAAUGUCAAGACUUUUGUGAAAUUUAUUGGGUCCUUAUUUGUCACUUCUAAUACAUACUUCCAUGAGCUAAUUAGCAUUGAAGAUCAAUUGCAGCAGUUGUGUAGUGUUGAUGGGGAUCCACUUUUGAGGAGUAUAGAUUUGAAGUAUGUCAAGUUUUGGUUUAGGGAAUGGUAUGGAAAGGACAAGGGGGAUGUGAUGAGCUCUAGGGUUCGGGAUGCGUUGAAGAGGUUGUAUAUGGAGAGAGUGGGUCAAAAUGGAGCCUCGAGUUCUAGUGGUAGUGGUAGGAGAGCUUCAUUGUCUAGGGACUCUGGGCCAAGUGUUGGUAAUGCUUCAUUUUCUGAUCGCAUUAAAAGCUAUAAUAAUAGGUUUAAGCAACACUUGGCAGAUGAGGACAGUGUGGAAUGCAAAUCUGAGUUGGAUAGGUAUUUGUUGGAAUCUUGUGAGGACCCUGAUGUGGAAGAUUUUGACAUUUUGAUGUGGUGGAAAAUGAAUUCUUCUAGAUAUCGAGUCCUUUUCCAAAUUACCCGUGAUGUGUUGGCUAUUCUUAAUUGGUUGAAGGAUGCAAAGAAAAAAAGACCAAUAAAGCUUCAAGAGUGCAUGGAUAAUGUGAAGGAUAUGGAUGGUUUUGAGAUUGACAACGAAAUUGCAUUAGUUUGCCCAAUGCCUAUGGAGGAGGAUCCAAUCACCGUUGUGUUGGAUGAUGAUGAGUGA